AUGCCAAAAGCUGGAGCUAAGGAGCCAGUUGGUAGUAACUUCCAGUACAAAAAAACUUGUGCAUCGAUCUACAAGGCAAGACAUGGAGCAUGCCAGCAACUUGGUUUCGGAGUUAUGUGCUUCAACUAUUGUCAUGAAAGAGGAGAGAAGCUGGCUUUCAAGUGCCAAGAUACAUCUGAUACUUCGUAUUGUAAACAAUCUGGAACUUUCGAUACUUUCUUGGCGAAAUAUAGAAAGGAUGGCUACAAAGCAAAGGCCUAUAUUCAUCAGAUGAUCUCUCGUUGUUAUGCCACAACUGUCUGUAAUACUCAAACUGGUAUUCUGAAUUCCACGAUUAUUGAUGAAGAUCCAGAGCCAAUCGAGAAGACAACCAAGGCCAACCGUCUGAAGUUGUUGACUCGCAAGCCUGGAAACGCGUUGUCGUUGAUGAAACUGAAGAUAAAGACAACCACGACAACUCAGACUCCAGAAGAGGUUCCAGAAGAGGAAACAGCUCCAGAAGAGGAAGAGGAAAUCACAACCACUACCAGAAAAACUAAACCAGCCAAGAAAGUAGUGAACAACACCCUCCGUCAAAAGCCAACACCAGCGCCUGAAGUGACAACAACAAAGGCUAACAUUUGGGACAAGUUCACAAUCGGAAACAAAGCAAAGCCAACACCAAAGUACAUUCCAUUUUGGCAGCGAUUGAUGUCAACAACUUCAAAACCGAUUGAAGAUGAAGCCACCGAAGAAACUGAAUUACAAACAGAUGCUCCAGAAGAAGUGGAAGAAGCAUCAACACAAGCAGAAUUGUUGGAAAAAGAAACUGAAGAAAAAACUCCAGAAGAAUCGGAAUCCACUACGAUUCCCGAGGAAGACAUCGUGGAGACAAAAUCCAAGGUGCACAAAACCAACGCUGAAUCAACUGAAGCUCCUAGGCAUACAUUCAAACCAAUUCCAGUCACUGUUCCUCAAACUGGACCAGAACUUUCUCAUCAGAAACCAAAUGAAGACGUGUCUGGACCAGGAUUCUGGAAUCGAUUCCAACCGAAUCGUUGGUUUGAUUCCAUCCACUAUGUGACGAAUACUGGAAAAGUUAUCGUUGAAAUGAAUGGAGUGAUGAAGAAGAAUUUGUCCGAAUUGUUCGUCAAAAUUGCGCGAGGAGACUUUGUGCAUCCAGCUUACGAAAAGAAAAUCGAGUACACUGGGACCGUUUUUCACCACAUCUCAUCUCCAAAAAAUAUGAUAAUGGGUGGUGAUGUGCUUUACGGAAACGGAUGCGGUGGAUGUGCUCCGGUGUGUCGUAAAAUCUUCCAGGAAAGCAACGUCUCCUCAGCUGUACCGAAUACACGUGGAAAAGUGAUUCUCCUCCCAUCGGAUACCAAUCCAUCUGUAUUCUCUUCAUUGUUCUAUAUUCUUCUGGAUCAAUCAGGACCAUCGGUUGUGGAUGGAUGCUCGAUUGGAGACGUGAUUCAAGGAAUCGAGAUCUUGGAGCAGAUUGUGAAAGAUUAUGGAACCGAGAAUGGAAGACCAACAAAAAAGCUGAUCAUUCACAAGUGUGGACAUCUGUGA